AUGGUCCUUAAUCUCACUUGCUACAAAAACUCACCACCUUCUCCGCCAAAGCUUCUUGUGCUCAGACAACUUUUGAAAAUAGGCUCAAACCCUCAUCGAUCACUUCAAAAACUAGCUCAACGUUAUGGCCCUGAUCUCAUGCUCCUCUAUUUGGGAACUGCCCCACUGGUUAUUGUCUCGUCGGCUGAGGCUGCAAGUGAGAUCAUGAAAACUAAUGAUCUAGACCCAAGCGAGAGUGGUGGAGAUGGGAGUGGAGAGGGAGGGAAGGAUUUUGUGGAUGUACUGCUUGAAGUUCGAAGCUCUGGCAAUGAGGGCUCUUCGAUUGAUAGAGAUAGCAUUAAAGGUAUCAUCUUGCCUAGUAAGGAUAUGUUUUCUGGUGGAACUGAUACAACAUACACAGUUUUAGAGUGGGCAAUGACCGAAAUCUUGAGGCAUCCCAGAGUUUGUGGAAAACUGCAAAUUGAGGCGUUGGAAAUUGCUAAUGGCAAACCAGACAUCACAGAAAGUGAUUUAGAUAACAUGCGCUACUUGAAAGCAGUGAUCAAAGAGACACUUCGGCUACAUCCGCCAAUACCAUUACUCGCCCCUCGUGAAUCAACUGAAGUUGUUAAGAUAAUGGAACACGAUAUAGAAGCAAAAACUAUGGUCUUUAUCAAUGCUUGGGCAAUUGGAAGAGACCCAGCAGAGUGGGAUGAACCAGAAGAGUUUCGACCGGAGAGAUUCAAGAAUUCUUCAGUGGAUUUCAAAGGGCAAGACUUUCAAUUACUCCCAUUUGUAGCUGGUAGAAGGGGCUGCCCAGGAAUCUCAUUUUCCAUGACUACUAAUGAGCUUGUGUUAGCAAAUAUUUUGCACAAGUUUGACUGGGAACUGCCUGCUGGAACAAGUGCAGAGGCUAUAAACAUGACCGAAUGCAGCGGUGUUGUUGCGCAUAGGAAAAUUCCUCUUGUGGCUGUCGCAAAACCGAGUUUUUUCUAGAAUCUUUCUGCUUCUGUUUUUGUGUGGAAGGUCAGGAUAAAUGUCUCUUAUCUUUCUGGUAUGAACUAGGCCUAUUUGGUUACACCUUCUUGCCUUGCUCUGCUUUUCUGCUUGCAUUCUCUUAUUACUCUUUCGGUAGCUGGCUAAAACUCGAGGUACUAUAACAAGCAUCAUUUUUACACUGUAUUCUACUAUUUUCAGUUCCUAGUAGACACCGUCACUACCCUACCUUGAUAAGGGUCUUAUUAUGAUGGUGAUCAUAUGACACAGCAGAGAUUGCAACAACAACAAAGGUUCAUUUAACAAUGGUUUCCUUUGGUUAAUACUUAAUAGGAGCACAACAGGCCGUCAUAUAAAUGAUAUAAUCAUAGAUCGAAAAUUGGGAACAAGAUUACAUGAACAUAAUAUUAAUCGUCACAGUUAGGGGAAGAACUGCAUUGAAUACAACUCUAGAAGCAGAGCAAGAAGAGAAGUUGUUCACCAGAGAUUAAGAAUAUCAUCAGUCUUCUCUGUUGUCAGUGUUUCCUUCUCUUAGUAAUGAUGACAUGAUGUAAUUUGUAGGAAUCACUUCUUCAUAAUCGGUAAAAGUGCUUAUUGAAGAAGCACUACCAAACUGCUUUGACAAACUGCACAUGAAAUCAUGAUACUGUCAUGCAUGGAUCAGA